AAAAAAAAAAAAAACGAAAACAGAGAGAGAGAUAAAUCAGGGUGAGAGAUUUUGGGGGAGAAGAUAAUAUCUCGAAAUCUAUCGUCGAUUUCGCCAAUUCGGGUUGGCGUUUCGCAUAUCAUCAUCGCUUGAGAUUUUCUGGGUUUGAUUCCUUUCCCAUUUUCAAUCGAAGUUUUUUGCUUUGGAUUGGAUUUGGGUUUCGGUAUUCAAAGUCAGCUCCUUUCUUGUGUUUAUCCGUUGGGAGAAAUCAGCAGAUAUGCAGGACCAGCUCGUUUGUCAUGGUUGUAGAAAUUUACUGAUGUAUCCUAGAGGAGCAUCGAAUGUGCGUUGUGCUUUAUGUAACACUAUCAACAUGGUUCCUCCUCCUCCACAUGCUCAUGCAGGGAUGGACAUGGCUCACAUUGUAUGUGGUGGUUGCCGGACUAUGCUUAUGUAUACUCGUGGGGCAAGUAGCGUAAGAUGCUCUUGCUGUCAGACUACGAACCUUGUGCCAGGACUCUCCAAUCAGGUUCCGCAUGCACCCUCCAAUCAGGUUGCACAAAUCAAUUGUGGGCAUUGUAGGACGACCCUCAUGUAUCCUUAUGGUGCAUCGUCUGUUAAAUGCGCUGUUUGUCAAUUCGUGACUAACGUUAAUAUGAGUAAUGGAAGGGUACCUAUUCCAACUAACCGGCCCAACGGAACAAUGCCCUCUACAUCAACUUCAACACCACCCUCUCAGACCCAAACUGUUGUUGUAGAAAACCCCAUGUCCGUUGAUGAAAGUGGAAAGUUGGUGAGCAAUGUUGUUGUUGGAGUGACGACCGAUAAAAAGUAACAAAGGAUGAGUGAGAUCUGAAAGAUCAUAUCCAAAAUCUUCUGCUAUUCCUGCGUCUGGUUUGUGCAUAUUACAUACGCGGAAAAACUGUAUGUUUAUAUUUCUCCCGACUCCUUUUUAACCCAAGAGAAAGGCUUAUUCAGAAUCUUUUGUUACUGCAUUUUUGGGGUUUAUUCAUAGUUGAAGACACAAAAUGGUUUUUGCUCCAUGGAACUUGACCUUCUCUUCUGUUCGUAGACUUGUAAAAACUCCAUUGGCCCUUGAGGCAUUAUUAAUGUAUGUAUUAAUAUAA